AUGAUGACGUGCCGUCUGCUGUGCGCCCUGUUGGUGCUUGCCCUGUGCUGCUGCCCGUCUGUGUGUGCGAUGGAGAAUAGAGAAGAUCAAGAUGAGGUCAGCCCCGGUUUACCGCCUGCUCAGCCAACGGGAGCAACCGGUGCAGGGCAAGCAAAUAAUUUCACGGCGCCAAGUUCAGCAGGUAUGAACGUUACGUUAUCGGGAACCCAAAGUCCGGAAGGUGAGGGAAAAGCAUCAGACACGAGGAGUAAUACCGGAAGAAGUACAGGUGGAUUGGCUGAUACGUCAGGGAACUCAGAUCCAACACGUCCGGCGUCUGGUACAGAACAGGGACAGGGUGGACCCGGUAGGUCAGGGAGUUCAGGUACGGCGGCCGAUACGGUACAGAAAAACAGUGAAAAAGUUAGGACAGACUCAACAAGUGGCAAUAAUUCAUCCACAGACCAAACAAAUACGAAUGCUGGCGAUACGGCCGAGAAGAGCAAGGCGACCACUAUCACUACUACGACAACUACGACGACCACUACAACACAGGCACCAACUACCACGACCACAGAGGCGCCAACUACAACGACGACCACUCGCGCACCGUCACUUCUUCGCGAAAGCGACGGCAGCCUCAGCAGCUCUGCGUGGGUGUGUGCCCCGCUGCUGCUCGCCGUAUCCGCGCUGGCGUACACCACUCUGGGCUGA